CAUCUUCAGGAGUACACGUAUGGUCCCUAGCUUGACUCAAUUCAACCUCAUCAUUCACCACUGGCUACGUCUGUUCUCACCCCAGCCACCUCCGCCAACAAGCCCGACCAAAGUUACAGGGGACAUUUCGAGACAACCAUGUCGACAGCGCAGUCAAAGCCACAGAUUUUGACAAUCGACGACCUGGAACAUCAUGCCACUCUCCACCUCCCCAAGAUGGUGCGAGAGUACUACAACGGAGGUAGCAUGGACUCGUACACCCUACAAAGUAACGUCCAUGCGUAUCGACAAUGGUACAUCAUGCCCAGGAUGCUACGUGACGUUUCGAGGAUAGACACUUCGGCUCAAGUUUUUGACCGCAAGGUCACUUUCCCGUGUUGUGUCGCCCCCGCGGCGAUGCAAAAAAUGGCCCAUCCGGACGGUGAAGAAGCGACUGCUCGUGCGGCUGGAGACAAAGGUGUGGUUAUGGGGCUGAGUAGUUUUUCAACCACGAGCUUAGAAGUCGUCAAGAAGGAAUGUGAUGAAGCUACGGCAACAGUAGAAGGAGCAUGUGUGUUGCAAAUGUAUUUGUUUGAGAAUAGAAAAGUCGGUGAAGAUUUGAUAUCAAGAGCAGAGAAAUCAGGAUACAAAGCUAUAGUCUUGACGAUAGAUACACCAUACUUUGGUCGUCGUCUGACCGAGUUACGAAACAAUUUCAAAGUUCCAUCACAUUUGACCAUGGCCAAUUUCGACGCCUCAUUAGGUGUCAAGACCGAGUCCUCUCGGAAAACGACUACCAACCCACCACCGAACAAAAAUGAUCCUUCCUUGACGUGGGAUGUGAUACAGUACCUGAAAUCAAUCACCUCUCUCAAAAUCUUCGUCAAGGGUGUCUUAGCCGCCUCGGAUGCACAGCUUGCGGUCCGUCACGGGGCGGAUGGGAUCAUAGUCUCCAAUCACGGCGGAAGACAACUAGACUGUGCACCACCGACGUUGGAAGUAUUGCCAGAAAUUGUUGACGUUGUGGGUGGAAGGAUUCCUGUUCACUUUGACGGUGGCAUCCGUAGAGGAUCCGACAUAUUCAAAGCUUUGUGUUUGGGUGCGGACAUGUGCUGGGUAGGGCGACCUGUCUUGUGGGGUCUGGCGUACGACGGCGAACGAGGUGUCAAGAUGGCUCUGGAUAUACUCGAAGAAGAGUUUCGUGCUUGCAUGGCCUUGACGGGAAUGAGGAGUGUCGAGGAGAUUAGGCAGUAUGGAAGGUCUUUGUUGAGGAGGGUAUCGACGACUCCAUGGGACAUUCAGCUGUCGAGACAAGCCAAGGUCAAGAGUUCGUUAUAG